GCAAGGAGGGCGCCGGGGUCAGGGCGGGCUUCCUGGAGGGCGGGGUGCGGCCGAGGGGCGCGGCCCGGGGCGGGCGCCUGGGGCGCCGGCCCGAUGCCGCGGGUGACGGCGGGUGACAGCGGGCGGGGCCGAGUGCACGCCCUCCGCUCGGCCGGGCCGGGAGGGUCCUCCGGCGCCGUGCGCGCGGGGCCGGGCGGGCGGGCGCAGACACUCGGCUCGGACGCGGCGCCAUGCGCGGGCCGCUCGCCUGGCCGCUGAGCCUGCUGGUGAGGCGGGGCCCGCUCGCCUGCGCGUGGACCCCCGCCGCCCGCGCCCCCGUGUCCCGGCCGCUGCCGACCGGCCUGGGGCCACCGUGGCUUUGGGGCGCGGGCCCGGGCGCCCUGCGGGGUGCGGGGGCCGCGCGCUGCUGGGCGAGCGGCUGCCCGGGCGGGGAUCCCGGCGGCGGCGCGGGUCUGGCGCGGCUUCUGGGGCUGCGGGCGCGGCCCCCCGGGUACCCCCGCCUCCCGCGCGCCCUGCUCUCCGGCGGCCCAGCUGGCGGCGCCCGCGCGGGGGGCGAGGCCUGGCGGCGCGGACCGGCGGUGCCUGCGGCCGCGGCGGCUCCGAGGGAGGACUCGCGGCUGCGCCCCGUGGCGGCCGGGCGCUCCGAGGCCCAGAAGCUGCUGGGGCUGGCGUACCCCGAGCGCCGGAGGCUGGCAGCCGCCGUCGGGUUCCUGGCCGUGUCCAGUGUCAUUACCAUGUCGGCGCCCUUCUUCCUGGGGAGGAUCAUCGACAUCAUUUACACCAACCCCACCGGGGACUACAGCGGCAGCCUGACCCGCCUCUGCCUGACGCUCAGCGGCGUGUUCCUGUGCGGAGCUGCGGCCAACGCCGUCCGUGUCUACCUCAUGCAAACCUCAGGGCAGCGCAUCGUGAACCGGCUGCGAGCUUCCUUGUUCUCCUCCGUCCUGAGGCAGGAGGUGGCUUUCUUCGACAAGACCCGCACGGGCGAGCUGAUCAACCGCCUCUCCUCGGACACGGCGCUCCUGGGCCGCUCGCUGACCGAAAACCUCUCGGACGGGCUCCGGGCCGGGGCCCAGGCCUCCGUCGGGAUCGGCAUGAUGUUUUUUGUCUCGCCUCAUCUGGCCACUUUCGUUUUGAGUGUGGUGCCUCCAAUAUCCAUCCUUGCGGUGAUUUAUGGACGAUACCUACGGAAACUGACCAAACUCACUCAGGACUCCCUGGCACAAGCCACGCAGCUAGCCGAGGAACGCAUCGGAAACAUCAGAACUGUUCGAGCUUUCGGGAAAGAAAUGACUGAAAUCGAGAAAUACACCAGCAAAGUGGACUUCGUGAUGCAGUUAGCAAGGAAAGAGGCGAUCGCUCGGGCAGGCUUCUUUGGAGCAACCGGGCUCUCUGGGAACCUGAUCGUGCUCUCCGUGCUGUACAAAGGCGGGCUGCUGAUGGGCAGCGCCCACAUGACCGUGGGCGAGCUCUCUUCCUUCCUCAUGUACGCUUUCUGGGUUGGAUUGAGCAUCGGAGGUCUGAGCUCCUUCUACUCGGAGCUGAUGAAAGGACUGGGCGCCGGGGGCCGCCUCUGGGAGCUGCUGGAGAGGAAGCCGGGGCUGCCUUUCGACGAGGGGCUGACCUUGAACGAGAAGAGCUUCCAGGGUGCGCUGGAGUUCAAGAACGUGUACUUCACCUACCCGGCUCGCCCCGAGGUGCCCAUCUUCCAGGACUUCAGCCUCUCCAUCCCCUCGGGGUCCGUCACGGCGCUGGUGGGCCCCAGUGGGUCCGGCAAAUCCACGGUGGUUUCCCUCCUGCUGAGGCUGUACGACCCCCUUUCAGGGACCAUCAGUCUGGACGGUCGUGACAUCCGCCAGCUGAACCCCGUCUGGCUGAGAUCCAAGAUCGGGACAGUGAGUCAGGAACCAAUUUUGUUCUCUUGCUCAAUUGCUGAGAACAUUGCUUACGGGGCAGAGGACCCUUCUGCGGUGACUCCUGAGCAGGUGGAGAAGGUGGCGGAAGUUGCCAACGCAACUGCUUUCAUCCGCAGCUUCCCGCAGGGGUUCAGCACUAUGGUCGGAGAAAAGGGGGUUCUUCUCUCAGGUGGGCAGAAGCAGCGGAUCGCCAUCGCCCGGGCCCUGCUGAAGAAUCCCAGAAUUCUCCUCCUGGAUGAAGCCACCAGUGCGUUGGAUGCUGAAAAUGAGUAUCUGGUGCAGGAAGCUCUGGACCGACUAAUGGAAGGAAGGACGGUACUGAUUAUUGCCCAUCGUCUGUCCACCAUCAAGAAUGCUAAUAUGGUGGCUGUUCUCGACCGAGGAAAAAUUAUCGAAUGUGGAAACCAUGAUGAGCUGCUUGCCAAACCAGACGGGAUAUACAGAAAAUUAAUGAACAAACAAAGCUUCGUGUCAGCAUAAAGAAGCAAUUGCUGACAAAGUGAAUCCAAGAGACUUUAAAACAAAACAGCACUCUAGGGGGGAAAUUCCUUAGAGAGGGUAUGGAAUCUGUAAAUGAUACUUCGAGUUAUUUGAAAUAGGCCUAUUUUUCCCAAAGUAUAUAAACUAUUGUUUUGAGAUGAACCUGUUCUCAAAACCUUUACAGUCAGAGUUUUAAUAAUUAUAACUUUCUAAAUGUCUAUAGCACUGAAGUUAUUUUCAGGUUUUAUACUUUAUUUUAUCUUGGAAUAUUUUCAUACAGCAUGGCACCUCAUUUUUUUUACCUGCUGUUCGAGAUGGAAGUUAUUGUCAAAUGACAACUUUAAAAGGGAAUUAUAAAUUAAAAGGCCUAAUUAUUUUAGGCCAGUUUGCCAAUCACUGUGUAAUUCUCUUGAUAGUAUUCUGCCCUCUUUGGGUCGAAUGGUACCGGGUUGUGUCAUAGAACAGUGGUCGGCAAACUGCGGCUCGCGAGCCACGUGCGGCCCUUUGGCCCCUUGAGUGUGGCCACGAAGUUUCAAUCGCACUGUACGUGCGCGCCCACACGUGGUAUUUUGUGGAAGAGCCACACUCAAGGGGCCGCAGUUUGCCAACCACUGUCAUAGAAGAUGAAAACCUAGCCGUUUAUUUUAUCCUCAUGCUCAUGAAGUGAGCCUGCGUGUCAUACAUACAGAGGUAGUGACUGUCUCCUGGCAAGGAGGGAACGUUCACAUUCUCCAUCCCCUGCGUCUUCAGAGGCGUGAGAGCUCAGGAGGCUGCGUCCCCCUGGGACGAGGCUGUGUGUGGGUGUGUGUGGCCUUUAACAUUUUGGGCACAGGAGAGCCUGAUGAGUUUGAAAAGGGGAAGAGGCAGCCCCAUCUUUGCCCAGGAAAACUUCUAUUUUCGCUACUCACAUAUUUCUCUCUGUGAGCCCCCUGGAAAGUGAGGCGUGGGCUGCCAGGCAUUAUCAAGAAAGAUGUAAAAAUGAAUUUUACAUGAUGUUGUCUAACGCAUGUUCUGAAAAUUGUAUUUUAAACAUGUAUAAGCCCUAACCCAAAUUUGACGGCCUUUUCUCAGUUACUUAAAUACAUUUGAAGUGUCAUUUAAUGAGGCUAAAAUCUGAAUAAUGUAACUAAUUUUCAACCUGAAAACAUUUGAAGAAAGCUUAGAUGUUCUUGCUAUUCUACAGAAUAUCAAGAAACCUUAAGAACUUGUCAGUCUUCUGAAAAGAGGACAUUAAUAACUCCCUUUCUUGUACUUGUAACUAUAGUUUCAUCCACCUGAACACCUCAGAAUUCCUAAAGCAGUGCUGACAACCACCAGAUUUGCCAAAUUUCGUGUCAGUGCUGAUCACUUGCUCUUGCCUCCAGAAAAAGUGCUUUUUUUCUGCAUUGGUGACGCCAGACCCAAGAAGUAACUAUGUUGAGAUAAGUAAAAUGGAAGUUUCCUCCUGUACCAAGUAAUUGUUAAUUCCCUGGUUAGACUGGAAGAAGAAUCCACUAUUUCAUGAUAAGCAGGGAGACAUAUAAUUCAUUCUACAUCAGGGAAUUCAUUCACGAAUAAGUGGACUGUGUGUUUUGGAUUGGUAAACAGUACACCUGUGACCAUCAUUUGAACAGACUUCACUUGUCGUCUCCGCACAGUGUGCCGUGACGGACCGUGUGGUUCAGCAGCUACAGAGCUGGGUGCGAGGGAAGUCUGUGCCACAGAAGGACUUACAAAACCAAACUUGAUCAUUAUGUGUCAUUUUCUAAUACAAGAUGUUCAGUGUGUCUUUAGAUUACAUUUAUAUCGUGGAUUAAAAUUUAUAGUGAACUUUA